UGCGCGCGUCUUUUAUCAAGUUCAUUCCUCCAAAAUGAAAACAGGGACGCCCAUCAUCCAUGGAUGAAAAGCCUCGGACUCAGUAAUUGAAAAGGGGGAGCACUAUCCUUAAUGAAAAUUCAGUGUCCCUGCAGGGUCCGACGCCAUUGAUAAGUAACCUCACUUUAUUGUUGUUUUAUAUCCACUGGUUUCAAUACAAAAGUACCUAUGGGGACUCUCCAUUCGCUGUGAUCGUUAUGUUGUUGGCUAUAAUCCUUAAAUUUAUCACUGAUCGAUACGGUCGCUUCUCAAAAAAGCCUCUUCGUUUUUGCGACGUGCGUCAUUGGCGCGCAUGAGAGACGCAAAGGCGCAAUUUGUAGCCUACCUCUUUUAUACACCCCAGCAACGAAGACCGGUCGGCACUUGGAACAAACAUCGUCGCUGUAUUACUGCCCCCUGUCCAUCUUUAUUAUUAGCGCUUCGCUCCGCCCUCCUACCUGUAAAUCUCCCCGCUCUUUUCUGGAGCGGAUCUGACAGGCGCUCUCAGCUGGCCGCUCCGUGCCAGGGCUGCAGGGGGACCGAAUGGAGACGGUGACAUCCACCCGAGCGCUCGUCCUUUUCACGCAGAAUUGACAACGAAAACGCCCGCAAAAAUAUGUAGUCUUCGUCACUGCAGCCACAGCUAACCCAACUCUAGAAAUAAAUCAGAUCUCCUUGUGAGUUCUCCUUUGCGUUUUGUUUGCAAACCGUUCACAGUCGAUUGACGCUUAAAGAAAGUGAAAUCGAUUCUCCGCCCGCUGAUCGACGGGAUCCCUGAAUGGAAGACGGCUGAGAGAGGUCGCCUCGCCGAGAACAUGCUGUGACAUUUUUCACUGUCGCUGUGUUUACCACCAUCCGAAAUAUCAGUGGCAGCCUCGGCGGCUGCAGACGACGCUGUCUUUGCCAUGGCUUUUGGCGUGAAAGAGCCAGGAAACCCCUCAGAUUGAGAAGCGCCUGAAAGAUUCGUCAUUAUUGCGGAUUUAAAUGCCUCUCUCAAAGGGCCACCGACCCGCUAUUUUGGUCUGGUUCGCGUGUCUCACUUUGUCACACAUAAACAAUUCAUAGGCUGCUAAAAAAUACAGAAAGAGACUCCAUCGGGUGGGUGAACACAAUACAGCGAAGAGGGAGAUUUUUUUUUUUUUUCCCAAGCAAUAUGGCUGGUGAGUGGGGCUGGGGACGCUGGCACAGGCUCUCCAAGGCUCCUAAAUGCUAGCUGAGGCAGAUGGCACCGUUCCCCAUGGAAGCGACAGCUCUAUGAGGACAAGCAAUAUCAAUAAUAAUAUAAAUCCGGACUCUUCAAUCUUAAUAUCCAAGAUGGAAGACGUUGUCAUCCCGUUCUCGUCUGAGGUGCCCUGCGACAAUAAUGGACAGCGCAUGUGGUGGGCAUUCCUCGCCUCCUCCAUGGUGACGUUUUUUGGGGGUCUCUUCAUCAUCCUGUUAUGGAGGACCCUCAAAUAUCUGUGGACUGUUUGCUGCCAUUGCAACAUCAAAAACAAGGAGGCACAGAAGGUGAACAAUCCCGCCAACAAUCAGGCAGCAGACAGACCAAAGGGUGCUGAUGAGAAGGAGGAAGCCCCAGCCAGUGAGGUGGGAUGGAUGACUUCGGUGAAAGACUGGGCUGGUGUCAUGAUCUCUGCUCAGACGCUCACUGGCAGAGUUCUGGUGGUGUUAGUCUUUGCACUCAGCAUCGGGGCCCUUGGGAUAUACUUUAUAGACUCUUCAGAUCCUAUAGAAUCUUGCCAGAAUUUCUACAAAGACUUCACGUUACAGAUUGAUAUGGCCUUCAACGUCUUCUUCCUUCUUUACUUUGGCCUGCGAUUUAUAGCAGCCAAUGAUAAGCUGUGGUUCUGGCUGGAGGUCAACUCGGUGGUCGACUUCUUCACUGUUCCUCCUGUGUUUGUCUCUGUCUACUUAAACAGAAGCUGGCUUGGUUUAAGAUUCCUGAGAGCGCUGAGAUUGAUCCAGUUCUCAGAAAUCUUACAGUUUUUGAAUAUCUUGAAAACGAGCAAUUCCAUCAAGUUGGUGAACCUGUGUUCCAUCUUCAUAAGCACAUGGCUCACAGCUGCUGGUUUCAUACAUUUGGUGGAAAAUUCAGGGGAUCCUUGGGAAAACUUCCAGAAUUCCCAGUCACUUUCCUAUUGGGAAUGUGUCUAUUUGCUGAUGGUGACGAUGUCUACGGUCGGCUACGGGGAUGUCUAUGCAAAAACCACCUUGGGGCGCCUGUUUAUGGUCUUUUUCAUCCUUGGCGGUUUGGCCAUGUUUGCCAGCUACGUCCCUGAAAUCAUAGAGUUAAUAGGAAACCGCAAGAAAUAUGGUGGUUCCUAUAGUGCGGUUAAUGGGAGAAAGCAUAUUGUGGUCUGUGGUCAUAUUACCCUCGAAAGUGUCUCCAACUUCCUCAAAGACUUCCUACACAAGGACAGGGAUGAUGUCAAUGUAGAAAUUGUUUUUCUCCAUAAUAUUUCCCCUAAUCUUGAGCUGGAAGCCUUGUUCAAACGCCACUUUACCCAAGUAGAGUUCUACCAGGGAUCUGUUCUCAACCCUCACGAUCUGGCCAGAGUGAAGAUCGAGUCAGCAGAUGCCUGCUUAAUCCUAGCAAACAAAUAUUGUGCAGAUCCUGAUGCUGAAGAUGCCUCCAACAUCAUGAGGGUUAUUUCGAUCAAGAACUACCAUCCUAAGAUCAGAAUAAUCACACAAAUGCUACAAUAUCACAAUAAGGCCCAUCUGCUGAACAUUCCAAGCUGGAACUGGAAGGAGGGUGACGAUGCUAUCUGCCUGGCGGAGCUGAAGGCAGGCUUCAUUGCCCAGAGCUGUCUGGCUCAGGGCCUGUCCACCAUGCUAGCCAACCUCUUCUCCAUGAGGUCCUUCAUUGAGAUUGAGGAGGACACAUGGCAAAAAUAUUACCUAGAAGGAGUGGCUAAUGAGAUGUACACAGAGUAUUUGUCCAGUGCCUUUGUGGGCCUCUCCUUCCCCACUGUCUGUGAGCUGUGUUACGUGAAGCUGAAGCUGUUGCUUAUUGCCAUCGAAUACAAGUCUGAGCAGAGAGAGAGCAGAAGCCGAAAGCGCAUCCUCAUCAAUCCAGGCAACCAUGUCAAGAUGCAGGAGGGAACGCUGGGAUUCUUUAUCGCCAGUGAUGCCAAAGAAGUGAAGAGAGCAUUUUUCUACUGCAAAGCUUGUCACGAUGACAUCACAGACCCUAAGCGGAUCAAGAAGUGUGGCUGCAAAAGACUGAUUUAUUCCAAGAUGUCCGUCUACAAACGAAUGAAACUGGCAUGUUGUUUUGAUUGCGGCCGUUCAGAGCAAGACUGCUCUUGCAUGUCAGGCAGUGUACAUAGUAACAUGGACACCCUUCAGAGGGCCUACCCACUUUCCUCUGUCUCUGUUCAUGAUUGCGCAACCACUUUACGUGCCUCCAAAUAUAAGUAUAACGGAUAUGUCAGAUCACCAGCAGAUGGCGCUACAACACCAGGGAACAGUGGAAGUCAAAAAGAGGCUGGCGUUCGAUUCAAAGCUGAUUGCAAUUUAGUCGAAGAUGAGCAUCCAUCAACUCUGUCGCCCAAAAAAAAGCAGCGCAACGGAGGGAUGCGAAACUCACCCAACUGCUCGCCCAAAAUGAUGAGUCGACACGACCCUCUUCUCAUUCCUGGUAAUGAGCAAAUCGAGAACAUGGACAUGAACGUGAAGAGGUAUGACUCGACAGGGAUGUUUCACUGGUGCCCGUCAAAGGACAUCGAGAAAGUCAUCCUGACCCGGAGUGAAGCCUCAAUGACAGUGCUGAGCGGCCAUGUGGUGGUCUGUAUAUUUGGGGAUGUCACGUCCGCUUUAGUGGGGCUGCGAAACUUGGUGAUGCCUUUAAGAGCCAGCAACUUCCAUUAUCACGAGCUAAAGCCUAUAGUCUUUGUUGGUUCGCUGGAUUAUCUGCGGAGAGAGUGGGAGACUUUACACAACUUCCCCAAGGUCUCCAUAUUACCUGGUACACCAUUAAGUCGGGCAGAUUUAAGGGCUGUCAACAUCAACCUCUGCGACAUGUGCGUAAUACUGUCAGCCAAUCAGAACAAUAUCGAAGAUGCCUCACUGCAGGAUAAGGAAUGCAUCUUGGCAUCACUCAACAUCAAAUCUAUGCAGUUUGAUGACAGCAUUGGAGUCUUACAGGCCAAUUCCCAAGGUUUCACGCCUCCUGGAAUGGACAGGUCAUCUCCAGACAGCAGUCCAGUACAUGGCUUUGUCCGUCAGGCUUCCGUCACCACCGGAUCCAACAUCCCCAUCAUCACAGAACUAGCUAAACCUGGCAAACUACUGCCAUUGGUUUCACUCAGUCAGGAAAAAAAAAGUGGAACCAGCAUACAAAUGAUAACAGAGCUGGUGAACGAUUCAAACGUUCAGUUCCUGGACCAAGAUGAUGAUGACGACCCAGACACAGAGCUGUACCUCACUCAGCCCUUCGCCUGCGGCACCGCCUUCGCUGUCAGUGUACUCGACUCCCUGAUGAGCGCGACAUACUUCAAUGAUAAUAUCCUCACGCUGAUUCGGACGCUGGUCACAGGGGGAGCCACGCCAGAGCUGGAGGCCCUGUUGGCUGAGGAGAAUGCUCUCAGAGGAGGUUACAGCACGCCACAGACACUGGCCAACAGAGACAGGUGUCGCGUCGCCCAGCUAGCCCUCUACGACGGGCCAUUUGCCGACUUGGGGGAUGGCGGCUGCUAUGGGGAUUUAUUCUGUAAGGCACUGAAGACGUACAACAUGCUGUGUUUUGGAAUCUACAGAUUGAGAGACGCUCAUCUCAGUACACCCAGCCAGUGUACAAAACGGUAUGUGAUCACGAACCCACCGUAUGAGUUUGAGCUCGUGCCCACAGACCUGAUCUUCUGCCUCAUGCAGUUCGACCACAAUGCAGGCCAGUCGCGGACAAGCUUGUCCCACUCUUCCCACUCCUCCCAUUCCUCCAGCAAAAAGAGCUCCUCGGUCCACUCCAUCCCACCCGCCAACCGGCAGAACCGCAGCAGUAAGACCCGGGAGGCCCGUGACAAACAGAAUGCAACAAGGAUGAAUAGAAUGGGCCAAGAAAAGAAAUGGUUUACAGAUGAACCAGAAAAUGCCUACCCAAGGAACAUUCAGAUCAAGCCCAUGAGCACUCACAUGGCCAACCAAGUCAACCAAUACAAAUCCACUAGUAGUCUGAUUCCACCAAUCAGAGAAGUUGAAGAUGAAUGCUGA